AUGGCUAUGGGGGCAAAAGAACUUCAGCUACAGCAGAAGACACAUCCACACAACGACAAUCUUUUGACACCAAUAGCAGAAGCGGGAGAAGUGCAUUAUUGUUACGCUCUAAGCGAAUUGUCGCGACUGUUGCGUACGCCAGCACCGAUGAUGAACGAGACCAUUGACGCGAUCUUGACUCUCUUCUAUCUCAUGAUAUUUUACGAAGCACAAUUUGGUAACAAUAACGCCACUACGUCAAUACACCUUCAGGGAUUGGUGUCAUUCUUUCGUAGCUCCAAACAGCUGUCCAAUGGAAAUCACUUAUCAAUCGACCGACUUCCUCCGCUGUCGCAGCAGUUGUUGCUUCUCACUCUUCGACCCACCGACAAUGGCUCAUAG